GCGGGGGCGGCGGGCAGCGCCGAGCCGGGCUGAGCCGAGAGGAGCUGAGCCGAGUAAAGCCGAGCUGAGCCGAGUCGGCUGUGCCGGGCGGAGCUCAGCAGAGUUGAGCUGAACCGAGCCGAGCUCGGCAGAGCCGGACGGGACUAGGCUCAAGCCAAGCCGAGCGCAACUGAACGAGGCUGCGCAGAGCCGAGUUGAACUGAGCCGAACCGGACUGAGCCGAGCCGAGCUGAGCCGAAACGGGCUGAUCCGAGCUGAUCCGAGCCGCCCUGCGCUGCGUGGGCAGCAGGUCCAGCCUCACAAUCCCAUCAGAGGGGGAGGGGCUCAAAGGAAAGGCUUAGAGGGAGAGACGAGGAAGGAGGGAUGGAGAGAACAAGAGCAGCAGCUUAGAUGCCCCUUGGGAUCUUUUCCAGGAAGAAGGAAGAAGAUCUCACCAUAUCCAGGGCACAAGUGAAACAACAACCUACUGCCACCUGACCAUGCACUGACACAAAGUUGUUCUGAGUUUUACGGUUGCCCCAGAUUUUUGUAUAAGGGGCUGAUGGAAACUCAUUGCUCCACACUUCUGGGUAAGAGAGAAGACACUCAAGCAAAGGGCUGCAUCUUGGUUUCUCCAGUUUUCCUCUCUCCUGGAUGGUCUUGCCUUCUGUCUCCUUGAACAGAGAGUCAAGUUUUAAAGUCAGCCCAGCCAGAGGAGCAGUUCUCCUCAUUCCUUCAGCUGAGAAAAUCUUUUCCAUGUUGUCCACAACUGUGAUGAAAAGAGAAGCCCCUCUCAGACACUGAACUUGUCUGUCAGGAAAAUACUAUUUACAGGACUUGUCAUGUCUCCCUUCCUGCGUAUUGGUUUGUCCAACUAUGACAGUGGCCCUUACCUGCCAUCCCAGGGGGAGGUGAUUAACCCUUACUGUGCUGUGAUGGUGAAAGAAGCCGUGGAGUCAGAGAAUGGCCAGGUGUAUGUGCAGAAGAAGCCCACCAUGUACCCACCCUGGAACAGCACCUUUGAUGCCCACAUCAACAACGGCAGGGUCAUGCACAUCGUUGUCAAGGACAAAAGCGCCGAAAUGGUUUCGGAGACCACGGUGGAACUCAAGGUGCUGGCAGAGAGGUGCAAGAAAAGCAAUGGGAAGACAGAGAUAUGGCUAGAACUGAAACCUCAAGGGCGAAUGCUGAUGAAUGCAAGAUACUUCCUGGAAAUAAGUGAUGCAAAGGACCUGGCUGACUGUGAGACUGAAGGUUUCUUCUCCUUGCACCAGCGCAGGGGAGCCAUCAAACAGGCCAAAAUCCAUAAUGUCAAGUGUCAUGAAUUCACGGCCACCUUCUUUCCACAACCCACCUUCUGCUCUGUCUGUCAUGAGUUUGUGUGGGGUCUGAAUAAACAAGGCUAUCAAUGCAGACAGUGUAAUGCUGCCAUUCAUAAGAAGUGCAUUGAUAAAGUAAUAGCCAAGUGUACAGGAUCAGCAAUCAAUAGCAGAGAAACAAUGUUCCACAAAGAGAGGUUCAAGAUUGACAUGCCUCACCGCUUCAAAGUCUACAACUACAAGAGCCCAACUUUCUGUGAGCACUGUGGGACGCUCCUCUGGGGCCUUGCACGGCAAGGACUGAAGUGUGAUGCAUGUGGCAUGAACGUCCAUCACAAGUGCCAGACAAAAGUAGCAAAUCUCUGUGGAGUUAACCAGAAGCUAAUGGCUGAAGCUCUGGCAAUGAUAGAGAGCACUCAGCAGGCUCGCUGUCAGCGGGACACUGAGCAGAUCUCCAGGGAUGGACCUCUGGAAAUUGGCUUCCCAGUUCCAGUGAAGGACGUAACACCACUACAGGCAUUGCCAGCAUCUACAACGGGUAAAAAAGAGCCACAAGGCAUCUCCUGGGAGACUCCGGUGGAGGGCACAAUGAAGGGGGAGGCUCUGAUAGAGACAGACUUGGGAGAACAGUCCCAGGAACAGCAAGAGCACCAAGUGCAGCUAAAACUGACCAUUGACGAUUUUGUCCUGCACAAGAUGCUGGGGAAGGGCAGUUUUGGCAAGGUGUUCCUUGCUCAGCUGAAGAGCACAGACCAGUAUUUUGCUGUGAAAGCCCUGAAGAAGGAUGUGGUGCUGAUGGAUGAUGACGUUGAAUGUACAAUGGUGGAGAAGAGAGUCCUCUCCUUAGCUUGGGAACACCCAUUCCUGACUCACGUCUUCUGUACGUUCCAGACCAAGGAAAACCUCUUUUUUGUGAUGGAAUACCUCAAUGGAGGAGACCUUAUGUUCCAUAUCCAGAGUUGCCAUAAGUUUGACCUUCCAAGAGCAACGUUUUAUGCUGCUGAAAUAAUUUGUGGGCUCCAGUUCCUCCAUUCCAAGGGCAUAAUAUACAGAGACUUGAAGCUGGACAACGUCCUCCUGGACAACGAGGGGCACAUCAAAAUUGCUGACUUUGGGAUGUGCAAGGAGAACAUGUUUGGAGAUGCAAAAACAAGCACUUUCUGUGGGACUCCUGACUAUAUUGCUCCUGAGAUCCUGCUGGGGCAGAAGUACAACACCUCUGUUGACUGGUGGUCCUUUGGUGUUCUCCUGUAUGAGAUGCUUAUCGGCCAAUCCCCUUUCCAUGGCCAAGAUGAAGAGGAGCUUUUCCAGUCUAUCCGUAUGGAUAACCCCUUCUACCCUCGCUGGCUUGACAAGGAUGCAAAGGACAUUUUGGUGAAGCUUUUUGUAAGAGAACCUGAGAGGAGACUGGGAGCAAGAGGGAACAUCUGCCAGCAUGCCUUUUUCCGGGAAAUCAACUGGGAAGCUUUAGAAGAAAGAAGGAUAGAGCCUCCUUUCAAACCAAGAGUGAAAUCUCCAAGUGACUGUAGCAACUUCGACAAGGAAUUUCUAAAUGAAAAACCUAGACUGUCCUGUGCCGACAGAGCGCUGAUUAACAGCAUGGACCAAAAUAUGUUCAGCAACUUCUCCUUUGUGAACCCUAAAAUGGAGAAAAUAUUUUCCUGAGAUCUGCCUUACUGAAGGAAUUCUCUGUAAUGGUUUGAGCAGCACUUUGUCAACUGAAGACUCUGCAUCGUUAUUUUUAUCAAGAACCCUCCAGAAAAACACACCUCAGUGAAAGUUUGUACCAUGCCUGGAAGUUUCCAGCUUAUUCCAGUCUGUAGCAGAUGCCAGCCACUCUUCUUUAAUGAUAAAGUUUCUUUGUGGUAUCUUUUGGUCUCUCUUCUCUCUCUUCCCAAUGUUAUGGAAUUGAGAGCAUCUGAAAAUGAGGAGCUGCCAAAACCUGUUCCCCACUACUUGUACAUGCAGCCAACGGGCUUCUGUGUAAAAAAAAACUAGUAUAUUUGAGCUUCUGGUGAUGUCAGUGCCCAUUUCUGCAACUCUCACCUAGACCCACCUUCUUCUGAAGGAAAAGUGGUUUGCUCAAGGCCUGGAGGUACCUGGGAAGACUUCAGGUUGGAUGCUUUGGUAACCUCCACGUGUACAUGUGCAGAAUUGUGCAUGUGUGCACAGUUUUGAAGAAGUAUUUUGUUCCCUACACACUUUAAAAAUACUGUUCACAAGGUGUUAGGAUUCGAUUUUGCUCUCCUGGGACAAAGAGACUUUGCAGGUGCCCAUUCCAAUAUCCGUACAUCUUAAUUGGAGGCACUGGAACUAAGGAAUCAACCCCAAAGGAGGAUCAUUGCCAUGGGAAGUGCCAAGAUCAAUACAGAAAACCAGUGGUUUACACUUAGCAGUAGAACAGGAAGGAUGGGAAGUUGCAGAAUGCCUCAAGAACCACGUUUUAAGCUUUAACUAUCCUUGCCAAACUCAGGGCAAAAUCUGGACUGGGAUUUCUGGGUUUUUAUCCUAAAACUGCAUGAGAAAAGUGGAAGAUGUUUCCUGAAACGUUGUUUAAGCAUCGUAAAACUGGGACAGAUUUGGGGUAUUUUACUUGAGAGGUAUUAACCAGUCCCUGCAAAGACUGAUUUGCUCUCUGUUGCUCUAAGUGAUGCCCCAACUCUUUGGCAACGUGGGCACAGGUCAAUGAACUGCACCCAACAGUCAGAGGGCAGGACAGCACAUCAGGUGAGGGUGGUCCUUGCCUUCAUCUCAUGACAUUUUGCUGUGUGUUCUAUCCCUUUACAGUCUGUGGAAAAGUAGUUGGGUUAAAAAAAGUCUUUCCUGUGAUCCUUUUGCCAUGGGAUCCUUUUAAAUAAAGAUGCACUUUUUUCUGAAGUUGGAGAGCUGUAGAAUUGCCCAGUUACUGCUUGUCACUGAGAUACCACUUAAAUACUGGGUCAAAAUUAAGU